AGUCAACUAUUCAGCACUUUCUAAAAUUCAUUUAGUGUGUGGGGUCUACAUGUGUGGGCUAUUUCCUUUUUCUUCUUUCCGAGAUGAGAGCAGCCACAACGAGUCCAGUGAAGAAAAACACCACGAAGGAGAAGAUACUCAGUGAGAUUUUUUUAUUUAUUUAUUUAUUUUAUCAAAGUCUUUUUGUCAGAACAAUUGGAGGAGGAGUCAGUACUCGGGGUCAGCAUUUGGUUGAAAUUGAGUGAAAUUAUGAGUAGCCCACCCCUUCACCUAACAAGACCCCCCUCCUGCUUCCUCCGUCUCAUCCCCACUCUAUUGAUGGGCUCGCCUGCAUCAUACUGGAGACCCCGUCGAGAGGAUCUUUUCUCUCUAUAAAGAGAAGAUGCGGCUCGCGCGUCUUUGAGUUGUUCGCACUGGAUUUUUGCAGCGCGCACCUCUAACUUCAACUGGUUCAACUGACUGCGAACAGAAAAUACAUUUUUACCCGGAACAUUUGAAUGAAACAGGAUUUCCCAGAGUCGGAGAGUGUAAAAAAAAUAAAUAAAUAAAAAAAAUCUUGAUGCGCCCCAUUCUGCCGCAUCUCCAGCGAUAGUUUCAUAUUCCGUGCGUUCUCGGAGCAGUUUGUGCUGCUGGUGGGGAACAGGAGCGCGAGGACAGAUGGCUGCGCUCACGAUACAGAGGACUGACAACUUUUUGCACACCUUCCUGCAGGACCGGACGCCCAGCUCCUCUCCGGAGGGAGCGCCCAACGCCCUCUCCUUCCUGGCCACCACCUGCAGCCAGGCCUGGCAGGUGGGCAGCACCAUGGGCUCGGAUGGGUCACAGUUUCCCUACGAAGGCACCGUCAGCUCCACCUCUGGAAUGUUUCAGCUAUGGAGCAACGAAAUGGCCCCCAGCACUGCCCUCAGCACGCACCAGAUGACUUUCACGGUGCCCAAGGUGCAGUUUCCUGGGCACAUGCAGUCCGGCCUGGGUCACCACCAUCAUCAUCACCACCACCAUCCUCAUCAUCACCACCACGAGCUGCCUCUGACCCCACCGGCUGAACCUGCGUCCUCCUACUCCUUCGAACUGUCCCCUGUUAAGGUACUGUCUUCGCAGCCGCAGUCCAGCAGCCCCUACUACCCCCAACACAACGGCGUGGGGCAAAACUUCCCCAGCUUCCUGCAGAAUUCCUCCGCCAGGCAUCACCUUUCGGGCGGCCACGUGGAGGACGGUCAGCAGUGGUGGAGCCUCCCACAAACCAACAGCGCUCCAGGCAACCACCCCUUCUCCCUGGGCAGGCAGCUGGUUUUGGGUCACCAGCCGCAGAUAGCCGCCCUCCUCCAGGGCACCUCCAAGGGUUUGCUGAGCUCCACGCGCCGCUGCCGGCGAUGCAAAUGUCCGAACUGCCAGACGAACAGCGGGGGGCUGGAGUUCGGCAAGAAGAGACUGCACAUCUGCCACAUUCCGGAGUGCGGCAAAGUGUACAAGAAGACGUCCCACCUGAAGGCGCACCUGCGCUGGCACGCCGGGGAGAGGCCCUUCAUCUGCAAUUGGCUCUUCUGCGGCAAGAGCUUCACGCGCUCGGACGAGCUGCAGCGGCACCUCCGCACGCACACCGGGGAGAAGAGGUUCGGGUGCCAGCAGUGCGGCAAGAGGUUCAUGAGGAGCGACCACCUGUCCAAACACGUGAAAACCCACCAGAGCAGGAAGGGUCGGUCCGGGCAGCCCCCGCAGGGCACCGACCCGAUGCUCGCUAGUAUUAAAAGAGAGUGAUCUGCUUCAAACAGAUUAAAAUAAAUCAAGAAAAUAAAAAAAAUCUAUAACUGUGGGAAUCACAUUUACUGCCAUAGAUUUGCACUACAGGGUAAGCGCUCCCUGAAUUUUACUCUUCCUCGACAGAAUCCUGCUUUUGAACUAACCUGGACUCUUGUGAAAAGACUUUGGCUGAGUGAAAUUCUGAUUGUUUUUGAUCCUAAAGAUGAAGCUUUUGCAGUGAUAUUGUGAUAGUUCAGCGUGAAGGAUUAAAGAGCCUUUGAUAUUCAUUAUGUAAAUCUUAUUUAAAUUUCAACUGGUGUGAAAGUCUAUUUUUUCAGACUUCAUUGUGUAAAUAUUUGACUAUGUUAAACAGCUGAUGAUAGGGUUCUCUACCUUAACAUGUGCUCUAAAGAAUUAAGUUGAAUAUAAAUGUAUGCCUUAGCUGAAAAACUGCAAUUAUCUCAGAAAUUAUUGGAGGGGGAAAAAAUUGCAAAUCGCAACUCGGUUUUCAUUCAGGAUUUGCCCAACUGACGCCCAGAAAUUGUUUGGAAAUCUUAACGCUUUGAUUUGUCUGUUUUUAAGAGGCAAAGCAAUAAAAUACGCUGCAGAUUAAUCCUUUCAAACUUUAAAUUGUUUGUAAAGUUAUGUAAAACUAUGCUAAACGACUUCAUUUGGGUUUUGGCAGCAUGUAAAUUUGAAUAAACACUGUCAUGGAAAAAAAAAAAGAAAAGAAAAAUAGCUUCUCAUUGCAUCAUUCCUGUGUUUUGUGGAGUUUAACUUUCUCACCAGUUUUGUCCAUUCGGAGAGAUCUAGCAUUUUGUUUCAAUGGUAAUUUGAUUGCUUUUAGAAUACAACUGCUGUCCAUUGUGAUGCCAGUGUGAAGGAAGAAGCCCCUAAAAAGCACCCAACAUGGUGGGGCUGUUCAAAGAUUUUCACACCUCAAAGUAAAUACUCAUGCCAUUGAUGUGGGGGGGGGGGCGCGUUUGUGCCGCCCGCUGCAAUCAAGUUCACAGUCAUAUGGCUUUUUAAUGAGUGUUUUCUUUUUGUUUUUUUUUUUCCAAUAGAGAGGAUUGAGUCAACAGCUGCAUCACAGGGGCAGUGAAGAGGAAUUCCCUGUGAAUGGGACCCCUGUUGCCAGAGACCCCUCUGUGGUGACAGGAACUCCCUUUGAUUUUGCACCCUUGUGAAAGUUAAUACGCCCCCUCCCCUCCUCUCCCACCCAAGACCUCCAUAUAUCACGGCCGUGUUACGACAGGCUCUGCUUUUACAGCCUAGAAUGAGGCUUUAUUCAGAUGGCCAGCCAACCAGAUGUCUGAUCAUCCAGGGGUUUCUUCUCUUUGUCUCAACUUCCUCUGAAGCGAAAAUAAGAGAAAUAUGAUGUCUUUGUCGGGGUCCCACAGUGGAGGCCGAGUCAUUCCAAAACGACGUGUGUACUUUAUUGCUGCGCCAUUGGUUUAUUUUCAUGAAAUCAGAGUGACAAUCACCAGUGCAGGUUAUCUUAUUUGGCCCCCCACGGCCAAAUAAGAUAACCUGAAAUUUAUUCCAGGAAAAAAAAGCCCUGGCAUGUAGUUAAAUCGAUUAUAUGAGUGAGUGAAAAACACUUCUUUUUCUUUAGCUCCAAUCAUCUCUCAGGUUAAACUCCUUAACGGUUCAUAUGUUAACCAUACGUUAAGAUGCUUUUCACUUCAGGAAAAUGUUCUCCUCAGAAACGAAUUUGCCUACCUACCCAGUUGUUUCUUGUGCUUGUUUGUACAGCGGGAUCCAAAACCAGACCGUUUGCGUACAUCAUGUCCCCUGAUUCUGAGCCGCUUCUCCUCCUGCAGGAGUGCUGGUCAAAUAUAUUCGGACAUAGAUCUACAUCCACUGCAGCAGCAGAGUCCACAAUGUGACUGAGAGCAGUGCGGUCAGACUAGUGCUGCACAGAUAUCAAAAGUCAAGUGCUGUCAAUCCAAACAUUGUGGAAAUUAGCUCUAUUUCUAUUAAUGAAAGCAGUAAUUUCCAGCAAUGACAACAUAACUGAUGGUAAUGUCACGGUGACGACAUUUUAAAAGUUAUUUAGAGUCAUUCCAGUCACUGCAACAGAAACUCACAGCCGAUGUGGACACGUAGAGUUUUUGCAACAUUCAGUCUGCAGAACUUGUUGCUGAUGCAAAUCUGACCAGCUGAUUUUAUUAAUGUCUUUGACAGGUAAAACUCUGAACAGACGAGAUCAAACACUGAAGCGGAGAUAGCAGCACUUAGAAAAGCCAUUUUUAAGGGAUAGCAUUAAUUAGCAAAUAUCUGUGAAUGUUACAACACGCCAGAUGUGUAUAAAAACACAUUUGAGUUCACAAGUAAACAAAAAAAUAAAAAUUGCAAAAAUGUUGCGAGACAAAAUCCUUGUAUUAUUUUUGGAAGAAACUGAAGAGACCGGGACACAUAAACCCACACAUUUUGCUCAGUUUCAAAAAAGACACUUUUAUUUUAUAUGAUACAACUCUUUCUAGUCGCUCAAAUGUGACAUCAACCAGCCUUCUCUCUGCGUUACACCUGUUACUUUUGGUUCUCUGUAGAGGUAUUCCUUUGUGUGUUUCAUGCAAAACUGACUGAUCAGUCAUUCCAACGAGAGCUCUGUAAAAUAAACUGAAGUUAAAAUCAGCUAAAGUCCUAUCUUUCUGGAUUGUUUUGUUUUCAAAGUGAAUGAUAGUGGUAGUUUGUUUUGUUGUUUUUGUGAAAGGAUUUCCAAGUAUCUUGGACGUGAGCUCUGAAAUGUGAGGCCUUUUGAUCUUUGGUGCAGCUGUACGAUCUAACUGAACUGGAGGCGAAAGUCUUUAGGGACCCCUAGUGGCCACAAGUACGAGAGGUCUUCUCCUUUUGCAACUCCUGUGUUUUAAAAUGCUAACAGUAAUUAAUAUCCUUGAUUCUUUUUUUUCUUUUUUUUUGAACAAGGAAUGGCAAGCCGAACCCUAUAGUAAGGACACAAAACAUCCUAAUUGCUGAGCUGCUGUUGUUUUUGGCACUUUUUAGGAAGAAGAAUCAUGCAAACAACCAGCUGCGUUGAUGAGAGUUCUUGGCAUCCCAGGGUCAUAGUUCAUCCUUCGAGUGGCUGUGUUAAAGUACUUUUUCUUUAUGGUAUGUACAGUAUAUGAUCCAUGAGGGCAAAAGUUAUAGAACGAGGAUCUUGACAUGACAAGAAUUGACUUAUAGUAUAACUUACUUUUUCUUUUUUUUAAAAAUCAAUUCUUAUUUAAGGAUAAGAAAAGAUAGGCGUAAUGUGCUCAAGUCAGUGACCUAGAAGAUGAUGCAUGCAGCACUUUGGGUGAGUCUGUAUGGAUGCGUUUUUUCAUCUCUUGAGGAGUUGCCCAAAGAGGGGAAAAAGAAGUAUGGGCUGACGUCAUACCCACAGAGAACCUCCAGAGGGCUCCCUCAUGCCUUCUUGUCCAGAUCAAAGGGAGGCCGGUCAAACAGAAUAUUGGAGCACGCAGGGCACCGCGCCCCUCAACACUGUUGCAACAAAGAAAGUUCCUCACUUUUCAAUGAAAUUUGAGUUAAUAAAGUUCUUGCGAUGACCCCGUCAAAUGUUCCGGCUUUCCCGUUCUUGUUACCAUAAACAGCAAACUCAGGUGUCAGCAGGAAAAUAAAAUCUAAAAAUUUUUUUUAUAUAAACGGGGUUGUCUCCUUUGUAGGGUAUCAGAAUAAAACUUAAAGAAAUUUGCCAGAGGAAACGAGAAGAGGCGCUCCUUGCCCGUUCUCAUGCACACCCACAUAUCCACAAGUCAUUUUUCACAGACACACAUUCAGGCACACACUUAGCUCCAGUGAUUGCCCCAAUUAGGAAUGGAAUCAUCCAAGAUUUCGCUCCAUCCCUUUCAAAGAGAGGAAUACAAACUCUUCAAAAGAAAACAAACAAACAAAAAAAAAA